ACCCGUUUUGCCGCCAUUUCUCCCCACUACAGCAAGCAAAAAUAUUCACGACGAAAUGUUUCUUUGCUGUUAUUUUUGGACGAAUUACUGAUCUAACUAUUAAUUAAUUUAUCACACCGAUUGAGUUAACAAUUUUGGAAUAAAUAAAGAUAGUUGAGAAGUCAGUUGGAUAAGUGAACUGCUGUGAUUUCGGGAGCAGAAAGGAAUUCGCUGUGUGAAUGGUUUUGCUUGGUCGGUUGAAUCAAUAAUAAUUUAUUAUUAAUCGUUAAUGUAAUUAUCAAUAUGGUAAAGGCUCCGAUGGAAGUUUAUCGACAAGCCUUGGCUGGAUAUAUUCAUGAUGAAGACAAAUUGGUGACUUAUAAAUGGUUAAGCAAGGAGCUGGAGGUCCACGUUAACACAGCGAAGGAAAUCCUGGCAGAUUAUUGGGAAAGACACAAGGACGAUGGAAUUGUAGCGACAGUGAUGUUAAUCGGUAACCUAAAAGAUGGUGGAAUUCGAGUGGAAGUUGUUAGAGAGUCUGAGAUGGAGGAAGCCGGUAAGAAGUACGAGAUGAUAACCUCACAGCACUUUUACAGCCUCCAGAAGACUCUGCCAGACAUUCAAUCUCUGGUAAACACUGGAAAAGGUGACACCAAAUUUUCAGCAAUAAAACGCAAAGAAAACCUCAUCAUCAGUGAUGAAGAGCUAUUUUCAAGAAGAUGGGGAUCUUCUAUUCAGUAUCAAGCUCCUUUCGAUGAGAAGAAUCAACCCCCACCCCCUGCCGAAAAGGUGAAGGAAAUAGUGAAUCCGUUGAAGAAAGCAUUUGCUAAUUCUAAACCAACAGAAGAAAAAGAUAAAGAUGAACAAAAAGAGAAACAUAAAGAUAUGAAUAAACCUGAAAGUAAAACUGAAACUAAGAAAAUUUCCCCUCCGGGUAAAACCAGGGAUAAAAAAGGCGGAAUUUCCAAGAAACCUGUUCAGUCCGCCCAGAAAGGAUUCAGCGCUCUUUUUGGAAAAGUUCAGAACCAGAAGAAACCUCCGCCCAUUUCAAAUGGACUUAAACCACUCAAAAUCACAAUAACACCGCUACAAGAAGAUUUAAAAAGUAAAAAACAAAGUCCAAUGGAUGUUGAUGUUAUUGAAGAAAAAUCUUCACCAGAAAUUGCUGAAAAUUCAUCUACUUCUUCUUUGGAUGCGCUGGAAAAAUCAUCGUCUUUGGAAACUAACCAAAUGAAAAAGAAAGUGUCACCUUCAGGAGUCAAAAAGUCGUCCACCAAUCGUUCCGCAAAAUCGGAAAAUUCAACUCGGGGAAAAAAACGGGACCGAAGCCAGGAUUCUCAGAACGACUCGAAAAAACGAAAAAGAAUUGUUAUGGUAUCUGACUCAAGUGAGGAGUCUGAACCUGAGGAGGAUCCUGAUCCCUUUGGAACUUCCCUAAGAGAGGAACCACAAGAAAAACCGAAAUCCCCAUCACCUCCACCGGUGCAGAGAAUCGGAGGAAAAAAGAAAGUUCGAAAAUUUGUGGACAAACACUUUGUUGAUGAGGAGGGAUUCAUGGUUACGAAAAAGGUUCAGGUUAUGGAAAGCUGUUCUGAGGAUGAUGAGACUCCUGAGCCCCCUAAGGAGAAGAAACCGACUCCUCCAAAGACAUCAGAAAUCUCAAAACUCAAGAAGAAUACAAAACAACCGUCGAUAACCAAUUUUUUUUCGAAAUCAUGA